GUUUAUGAUAGGAGCCGCUAGGUGGCGGUACUUGGUAAUGGGCCUCCUCUUACAAAGUUUACCGGUCAAAGGUGAAAGUUGAACCAAAUCAGCAGCGCUCGCCUUACGUUAGCCAACUAUGGCUAAACAUCAUCCAGAUUUGAUCUUUUGCAGAAAACAAGCCGGUGUUGCUAUCGGAAGGCUUUGCGAGAAAUGUGAUGGAAAAUGUGUCAUCUGUGAUUCCUAUGUGAGGCCGUGCACGCUGGUGCGCAUCUGUGAUGAGUGUAACUACGGCUCCUAUCAGGGACGCUGUGUGAUCUGCGGAGGGCCCGGAGUAUCUGAUGCCUACUACUGUAAAGAGUGCACCAUCCAGGAGAAAGAUCGGGAUGGCUGUCCUAAGAUUGUGAAUUUGGGCAGCUCUAAAACGGAUCUGUUUUAUGAAAGGAAGAAGUAUGGCUUCAAGAAGAGGUGAAGACACCACGGCCCAGUUCUUGUUUUAGUUUUUCAGCUUUUGCAGAUUGUCUUUCAAACCUCAAGAAACAUUUUUUUGACUUGUCAAUAAAACUCUGUUUUAUAUUUC